AUGAGUGCUUUAAACUCCAGUUUAUUGGAAAAUCUGUCUUUUGUGCGUCCUGAGUACUUUUACAUCACUGGAUUUUCAGGAAUUCCCUUUAUUAAUUAUUAUUUUGUGUGUCUACUCUUAAUGUACAUCAUUGCCGUGUUCGGGAACUCAUUCGUUGCUGUUAUAAUACUGACUGACCGGAGUCUCCAUGUUCCUAAAUACUUAGGAAUAUUUAAUCUGGCUUUAGCAGAUAUUGGAGAAACUAAUGCUCUGAUCCCGAACCUCAUUAAGACCUUUCUGUUCGAUUCUCAGUUUAUUUCUUAUGACGCCUGUUUGGUCAACAUGUUUUUUGUGUUUUUCUUCAGCAGUGUUCAGGCUUUAACUCUGGUAGUUUUGGCGUAUGAUCGAUUUAUUGCUAUUUGUUUGCCGUUAAGAUAUCAUGCGAUUGUGAAUAAUUAUUUUAUGUCUGUAGUUUUAAUAGGAGUUUGGUCAGUUUGCUCUGCUUUUAAUGGAACAACAGUGGCUUUAAUCACUCGACUCUCAUUCUGUAAAUCUAAUGUAGUUAAAAGUUAUUUUUGUGAUUAUGGACCAGUUUAUUCUCUCGCCUGUAAUGAUAAAACUAUAAACUCAGUUAUGGCCAAACUUUGUUCAACACUAUUCAUCUAUAUCCCUUUAAUUGCCAUUGUUUUAUCAUAUUUAGGUAUUUUUCUCGCUUUAAGUAAGAUUACAACCUGGGCUGGACGACUUAAAGCACUGAAAACCUGCGUCUCUCAUCUUUUAGCAGUGGGAGUAUUUUUCCUCCCUAUAGUUAUUAUAUAUUUUGCUGGAUAUCUUUCUAUGUCUCUGCAUCCGAAUGCUAAAAUAAUCAUUUCUUCACUCUCAAAUGUCAUUCCACCCCUGCUAAAUCCCAUCAUUUAUGUCCUAAACACAAAGGAAUUCAAAGUCUUCAUAUUGAAAAUAGUUAAAAAGAGAUCCAGUGUGAAUCCUCAGGUUUUAGCAAAGUGAGAACGAACAACUUAACUAAACUUUAUUGGUUAAUUAGCCACAGCUGGAUAAACUGGUUAUUUUAUUAUAUUGUAUGCGGUACUAUUUUAAAUGGGAGGUAAAUGCUCCCAAAAAAUAAAACUAAAAUUAAAUAAAAUUAAAUAAAACGAUAUACAUUUUUUUUGACUUUGUAAAUAUAAUUACGUUUAUUUAAGUACUAUCUGCAAGAUAAAUCUAGUACAGUCUAUAGACUAACUAUAGUUAAUUAAGAAUUUUAAUCGUUUAAUUAAGAAUUUUUCUCACCGAAUGCAGCGGAGAUUUUCACCGGAUGUUCAGCAGUUCAAAAUCUAUAUAAAUAUAUAUAUAUAUAUAUUUUUCCUGCCCUAUUUGGCUUGAUUGUUUUAGUGUUUUAGUGUUUUUUAGUCCUGUAAAAAAUUGCAAAGCAUUUGUCAUUUUAUUUCCAUCGUAACAUACACGCAAACUUUGUCAGACUCUCUCCAUAGAAUAUAUAUGGAAUAUCAUGUGGUGCAAACAUCAAGAUACUACUUCUUUGGGACUUUUAUUUUGAAACCAAUUUAAAGACAGGAAGUUGCGUUAUUUACUAGUUUGCCAAGGACCCAUGGAAGCAGCAAGCAAGUUUCUAACUCUCUCUGAUAUGUAAAAACUAUAUAUAUAUAUAUAUA